AUGAGUGUAAGCUUUUCAGUCUGUCCCUUUGCGCCCGCGUUUUUCCGUCCCGUCGCCCACGCGAUCUCCUCUCGCCUCCCUUACCCACGCGAUUGUUGCCGCCCUUCCGUGGCUCGUCCCGCUGCCUUCUCAUCGCCCAUCCCACCGUCCAUCCCGUCGCCCAUACCAUCGCCCAUCUCGUCGCCCAUCCCGUCGCCCAUCCCGUCGUCGAUCCCGUCGCCCAUCCCGUCGCCCCUCCCUCCGCCCUUCCUAUCUCCCCUCGCCUAUCCUCUCCCCCGUCGCCCUUUCUCUCCCCCGUUGCCCUUUCUCUCCCCCGUCGCCCUUUCUCUCUCCCGUCGCCCUUUCUCUGUCACGUCGCCCUUUUUCUCUCCCGUCGCCCUUGCUCUCUCCCGUCGCCCUUUCUCUGUCACGUCGCCCUUUCUCUUUCUUGUUGCCCUCCCUCCCGUCGCCCUUUAUCUCUCCCUCAUCGCCCUUCCUCUCUCCCCUCCCGUCACCCACCUCGGUGCCCUGGCGCUCGCCCCGAAAUGCCUGCCCGUCGCCCUUCGUUUCUCCCCUCCCAUCACCCAUCUCGGCACCUUCGCGCUCGCCCCGAAAUGCCUGCAAGUCACCCUUCCUUUCUCCCCUCCCAUCUCCCCACACCCUACCAUUCCACAAUUUUCGCUCAAUCAGCUCUCUACGUGCGUUGUCGUUUCCUUCUCGUUCUUCCUUUUUUUAUUCUUAACAUAA